AUGGCCGCCGACGAAUCCACGCCGUUGAUCCGCAAUGCCACCCCGAAAGUGAAGCCGGCUAGUCAGACCAUCUUCGGUCCCGGGAACCGGAUCUUGCUGGCCGGCUUCAUGAUGGCAUUUACCUUGGGAAUCACUCAAGUACCUAUCCUUUACGUCUUUCGGCUCAUGGAAUGCGAUGUCUUCUACAGCCAUAACCCGCCAUUCGAAGGCCCCGGUGACCGUUGCAGCCGUCAGGAGAUCAACGCCGGUACCGCCAUGCAAUUUUCCAUCUUGGGCAUGUCGACCUCAUUCAGUGCGGUUCUGAAUCUGUUCGUCAGCGGCUAUUUCAUCAAGUUGUGGGGACCGCGCUGGGCUUUCGUGUCACAGACUUCUCUGCUGGGGCUUAGGGUCUCAACUCAGAUUCUGGGAGUGACCAUCGGUGGCAGAGUGGGCAUUCUUGUCUUCCAAGUCUGUCAAUCAAUCGGCGUGGUAGGUGGUCCACGUGGCUACCAGCUCGUUCUCAACACUGCCGUCAGCGAGAUCGUGGCGCCGAAAGACCGCACCGCUGUUUUUGGACGCCUGCAGGGUUCCAUCAUGAUGGGCACUGCUUUUGGCUUCCUAUUGGGUGGUGUGCUUGGUGAUGUCUAUGGCAUCAGACGUCCUUCGAGUGUAUAUGGUGCAUUGUUCCUGCCAGAAAAGCCUGCAGAAAACGCAGAAGAGAACAAACGCGCAGUCAGGGGCAUUGACGCCUUCUUCGCGCCAAUCAAGGUCAUUGUUCCUCACAAGUACCGUCUUGAGAAUGGUGGUGUUAUCAAGAAUUAUGGCAUGAUUUUCCUGGCUCUUGGAAUCUUCCUCAGUGUGUUCGCGUCGGGCUAUGCGCCAAUUUUACUACAGAUGUACGCCUCGUCCGAGUUCGGCUUUGGCACUACGGCAAACGGGUGGCUCAUGUCAGGCAAUUCGCUGAUCCGUGGACUGUUCUUGAUUUUCAUGUUUCCCAAGAUCAUUACCUCGGGAAGGAUAUGGUACAAUGGAACAUCAAGUCCGCACGAGGCCAAUGUUCCGGGGCAAGAGCAUCACAUUCCGACGAAUCCGGAGGACUUCGAUACAGCUGCAGGUGAAGACGUUCCGCAGGAGCCUAUCACGUCUCCCGAGAUUGAGGAGGAGGACACGGGGACUGAAUUUGAUUUGUUCUUUGUUCGGUGGAGCAUGGUAGUCGACUCCAUCGUAACGUUCUUCGCUGGGUUCUCAAACCAGGGUUGGCAGGUGUACUUGGCUGCGUUUCUCCUCCCGUUCGCCUCCGGAUCAGCACCAGCCGUGAAAGGCGUUCUGACCGAAAUGUGCCCGCCGCGCCAAAGAGUCGAUGCGCUGAGCGCAAUUACGAUGGUCGAAAGUUCUGCCAUGUUGACCACUCAGGGUAUCUUUGGCCUCAUCUUUGCUGCUUUCGCUGAAAGGGGCCAGCCGAGGCUAACUUUCUUCUGCAAUGCCGCAUGCGCUUUACUGGGUGUCGUCACACUCUUCCUAGCCACAUUCCCGCCUCUCAACAGUAAGAGGAUAGACGAAGAUGAAGAGACGGAAAGCCUUAUACUCGCUCAAGAGCGAUCCACGCAACAAAAUGGGAGUAGUGCAUAA